UUCAUCAACGGCCUGACCAACGUGCAAAUCGACUUGAAGGAGGACAUUGAGGUCUCGAAGAGCAAGAUGUUCAAGGUUGUCCACCUGGACGACAACGGCGGCACCGACGCACUCGAGUUCUACGACUUCCCGCCGGGCUGCGUUGUCGCCGUGAGUGUCUGCCUCAACGACGCCCAGACCGAAGCUCUUAGUCGCGUGCGUGGAGCCCUCCUUCAUCAGUUUGGUCGGCGCAUUCACAGCGUGGAUGCACGAAAGGGCUCCGUCGCGAACAACACCGUGGCCAUCGCGGACACACUGCUUCCCGUCUACCCGGACUCGGUCGACCACGGCCUCAUCAAGCGUCUAGUCACGGAUCUCUCCUUGGCAGACAUCAACUGGCUCAUGUACCGUUGUGAGCGCGAGGAGAACGUGCCCGGCAUCGGCCGGAAGCCCUACUACGUUCCCGGCUUCGGUGACUUGGUGUUCUGCGGUCUCCAGGGUGUGGUCUCGGUGAUGCGUCACGUGGCGCAGUUCAACGACCUCGGCCACCCCAUCUGUCAGCAUCUGCGUCAGGGCCUCUGGCUGUUGACGUACCUCUACGACCGCCUCUCCUUGGACGAUCCAUCUCAUCCCUCCCGGCAACUGGACGCGCUUUCCCGCGCCCUGAAACAGCUCUUUGAACCGAUCUACGGCCUGCCAAAGUACCUCAUACCUUCGAGCUUCGGCAUGCUGGUUGGCUGUCUUUAUCAAACAGUCAUGGAAGAGAUUAGCAUGCGCGUGGGCAAGUGGACGGAGUUUGGCUCGUCGACGGUGCGCAACCUGGUCACGGCGAGUCUGCAGCUGUACGGACGCGCGCCCAACAUCCAACUGCCCACCAUCCUGCCGGCGCCGGCCAUCAAGGGACGCGACGACGACCCCAAUCGCUACAACUGCAGUCUCGCCGCUGGUCUGCCGCACUUCGCCGAGGGCAUGUGGCGCAACUGGGGUCGCGACACCUUCAUCGCUCUGCGUGGAUGCCUCAUCCUCACGGAAAGAUACGAGGAGGCAGCCAACACCAUCCUCCAGUUCGCCUCCCUGCUUCGCCACGGUUUGAUCCCCAACUUGAUGGGUGACGGGCUGUGCGUGGCACCGCGCUACAACGCUCGCGACGCCGUCUGGUUCUGGCUCUACGCGAUCUGCUGUUUCGAAGAUGCCUUGGCGGCGUCCGAGGGCACCCCGAUCGGCGGGGCCAAGAAGUCCAUCCUCAACCGACCCGUGCUGCGCUGGUUCCCCCACGACGACACGCCUGGAUGGCCAGCUGAAAACGGCUCCGUCGACUUCAACAAUCCCCCCGAGGAUCGUGUGAUGCCUCUUUGCGACGUCAUGCAGGAGGCCCUUCAACGCCACGCCUCCGGGAUCGAAUUCCGCGAGAGGAAUGCCGGCUACCAGUUGGAUUGCCAAAUGGUCACUGAGGGCUUUAAUGUUAAAGCUGGCAUCCAGGAGCGCACUGGCUUCGUCUACGGCGGGAACCCCCACAACUGCGGCACGUGGAUGGACAAGAUGGGAAGCUCGGAGAAGGCUGGAAAUCGUGGAAAGCCAGCCACUCCACGCGAUGGCUGUGCUGUCGAGCUCGUUGGCCUUGCGUACGCUGUUGUCACGUGGCUAGACCGAGCGCACACCGCCAGCCAAGUUUACUACCCACACGAGGGUGUGGAGAUGCCGAACGGCGCCAAGUGGACGUGGAACGACUGGGCCACGAAGAUACACAACAACUUUGAGGAGGCAUUUUGGCUGCCCGAGGAGGAGAACACGUGCGGUGGCAGCCUCAUCCGACAGGGCUACUACAAAGACCUCCACGACUCCUCCGAUGCCAACGCCGAGGCCCAACUGAGACCCAACUUCCUCGUCGCCAUGACGGUGGUAAGUGGUCUCGCCGAGGUGGUAGCGCCAGACCUCUUCGACACGUGGAAGGCCUGGAAGGCGCUUGAGUUGACGCGUAAGCAGUUGGUUGGGCCUCUUGGCAUGAAGACGCUGGACCCACGUGACAAGGACUAUAGGUGCGCCUACAACAACAGCGACGACAGCUGCGACUUCUACACUGCUCAGGGCUUCAACUACCACCAGGGACCGGAGUGGCUCUGGCUGACGGGCUACUACAUCCGCGCCAAGCUCAUCAUGGUUCAACGACUCAUCGACCUGGACAACAAGCUGCUGUGCUCGCGUGCCAGGGUGCUGCGCGAGUGCCAGGAGAUCAUGCUGAGGUUGAACAACCACCUGCGCUCCUCACCGUGGCGUUCGCUCCCCGAACUGACCCAAGCCAACGGCGAGUUUUGCCCCGGAAGCUGCACCUCGCAGGCCUGGAGCGUCGGCACGGCAAUCGAGGCCAUCUACGAUCUCAUCCACGUCAACGCUCCCGAGGUCUCUUAUUCCCUGCGAACGCGACCGACCUCCGCAGCCGACAUGCCCACGGAUGCGUUGACCGCGACGUCGGCACCGCCGAGGCUCUACGAGGGCGGUCCACGCGUCACCGACCCGUCGAUGUUCGCCGUGGGCAGUCAGGGCGCCGCCUCCGUGCGUCUCUCGCUCUACAACGACCAGCUCCGCAUCCUGUGCAACGUCAGCUGA